AAGACUAAAAAUGUUAAUGAGAAUCAUCCCGGCAAGCUAGUAUGGGGAUUCUUUUCAGGAUGGUGGCCAGCACUAAUCGUCGAUGCCGAACAUGUAGGAAUGGCUCCUGAACCUGGCAAGUUGUGGGUCUUUUGGAUCGGAGAAUCGCAAAUAUCGUUGCUCAAACCAGAAACACAGAUACAACCAUUCUCGAGGAACUUGGAGGAGCGAUUGUCGCAACCGUCUCGUAAAAAUAUUCGUUCGCGUGCCAUUAACGCGACUAUACAGAUACUACGCCAACGUUUCAACUGUACUCUGACAAAGCCUUAUUAUUAUUGGAUACAACGGAAUAUAACUGAUACGGAGACACUAGAUGAUCUAACGUUUUAUCCAUAUCCGGAAAACGUACAAGAAAAACUAGAUGCCCUGAAGGAAAAAAACGCCAAAGCUACUAAGAAAUUUAUGUCACGUCAGAGAAGUUCACCAGAGCCGCCACCGAAAAAGCAGAAUAUAGAAAAAAAUAAAAAUGUAAAUACAAGCUGGGAACAGAUCGAUGAUGAGCGCUUAUGUUUGCAAAACCAACAGCCUGGUGUGAUAGCCUGGGCAAAAAUCCCUGGACAUUGCUGGUGGCCCGCAAUGAUUAUUGAUUAUCGCGAUUGCUGUUUGAAAGAACCGAGUUUUGGCUGUCAAUGGAUUAUGUGGUAUGGCGAUUAUCAAGUUUCGGAGGUGCGUCAUCUCGAAUUUUUGAAAUUUCACAAAGGAAUAGAAAAAAUGCGAGAGUACAUUCAGAAUACGAACAGACAAACAUAUCUUGAUGGCGUACUUCAAGCCUCUAAGGAUUAUUGCUCACGAUUAGGAUGCAACACGGAUAACUGGACUUUAAAUAAUGUCUUUGAAUAUUUUUCAAAUAAUAUUCAUAUACCAUCUAACCAAUUACAAGUUUCAGACUCUAACAGGGUAUACGAUAAGUAUUCCAACGAGAUAAUAAAAAAGAUCAACGAAUUCAAGUUCAAGUCGGAUGUAGAUGCUGAACGGAAGCGUGACAUAAAAAGCAGUAGUGAUUUUCGUCGCGUGAUAUCAGGAGAAUGCAAUAUGGAAAAAUUAUGCUUAAAAUGUUUGAAAGUCCCUAAAGGUAGAAAGGAGGAACAUCCGUUCUUUAUAGGAUCUUUAUGUAGAGAAUGCUCGGAUGAAUUUAAACCGUGCAUGUUUGUGCAUGGAAACGAUGGCAAGUGCUUUUACUGUACAAUUUGUGCUAACACCGGAACUGUUCUUAUUUGUGAUUCAGAAGAUUGUCCACGUGUUUAUUGUACAGCUUGUUUGAAAUUUUUGAUAUGUCCAAAAUCAUAUGAUAAUAUGUUAUUGGAAGAUCCAUGGGAAUGUUUCCUCUGUAGAGAUGAAAGUAAACAACCUGAAGAUUUGAUAUUGCGUUCGCGAUUAAAUUGGAAAGAACAGUUCACAAAAAUGUUCCGUACGACUUCUAAUCUCACAAAUGAUAUAGAUGUUGCAAGGAUUAAAAAGCAGAAUAAAGCUGUACGUGUGUUGUCCCUUUUCGAUGGGUUGAGUACCGGUUUUUUGGUGCUUCAAAAAUUAGGGCUUGUUGUGGAAGUUUAUUAUGCUAGUGAAAUUGAUGUAAAUGCUUUAACUAUUAGCUCUGCCCACUUUGGCGAUCGCAUUACUUAUCUAGGAGAUGUAAGAACUAUAACAAAGGAAAAAAUUCAAGAAAUCGCGCCAAUUGAUUUGCUAAUUGGUGGAUCACCAUGCAAUGAUUUAAGUUUGGUCAAUCCGGCGCGAUUAGGUCUCCACGAUCCAAAGGGGACAGGCGUUCUCUUUUUCGAAUAUUGCCGAAUUAAAAAACUAGUAGAAAAAGCCAACAAAGAUCGACAUAUGUUUUGGUUAUUUGAGAAUGUCGCUUCUAUGCCAACCGAGUAUAGAUUAGAAAUUAACAAACAUUUAGGACGGGAACCUGAUGUCAUAGAUUCGGCGGAUUUUUCACCUCAACAUAGACUGAGACUUUACUGGCAUAAUCUUCCUUUUAAUCCAUAUAUGCCGCUGUUUGAAAGCCGACAAGAUGUACAGGAUAAGCUUACUCCAAACUUGAAUCGGAAGGCUCUAUGCAAGAAACUUCAUACAGUUACGGGCAGAUCAGGUUCCUUACUACAAGGAAAAGCGGAAUUAAAACCAAUUAUGAUGAAGGGAAAAACUGACACGAUAUGGAUUACUGAACUCGAAGAAAUCUUUGGCUUUCCACGACAUUAUACGGACGUGAAGAACUUAUCAGCUACAAAUCGACAGAAAUUGCUCGGAAAAUCUUGGAGCGUACAAACACUUAUUGCCAUAUUACGACCUUUAUGCUUAUAUUUUAAGUGCAAUGAAGAUGAGACGAGCAAAAAGUCUGCUUCUUAAAGAAAAUAAUUCUUACCUCUGUAUUGCAAUAGAAACUUUUA